AUGCCUAUAGACGAAAAGGAGCCCGAGGUCACUGACUCGUCUCCCGAGCUUGUGACUGCCACGCAACCCCCUGUGUCUGACAAUGUCAACCUGGAACCGUAUAGUAUCCAUGGAAGAAAGGCAAAAUGGUUCCUUGUCGGCAUGGUUGCUUUGGCUGGCUUCUUCAGUCCAUUACCCGCAAACAUAUACUUUCCGGCCAUGCCUGCCUUAGCGACUGUCUUUAACGUUUCGAUCGAGUCGGUUAACUUGACGGUGACUAUAUAUCUGGCCAUGCAAGGCAUAUCACCCAUGCUCUGGGGACCACUUUCCGAUCGGUUGGGACGUAGGCCCAUGUUCAUGAUCUGCCUCGCGAUCCUGGUGGCGGCGUGUAUCGGUCUGGCCUUGACUCCUGCGUCUGCCUUCUGGCUGUUUCUCCUCCUCCGCGCUCUGCAAGCCGGAGGUUGUGCCAGUACCAUCGCUCUUGGCUCCGGAGUCAUUGGAGAUAUCUCAACACCCGAGGAGAGAGGGGGGUUUUUUGGAAUGUUCAAUUUAGGACCAAUGCUUGCUCCUUGCAUAGGACCAGUUUUAGGAGGCGCUCUCAACGAUGGGUUGGGCUGGAGAUCCAUUUUCUGGUUUCUGACAGCUUUUGCCGCAGCCUGCCUUGUAUUCAUCGCCUGCUUCUUACCAGAAACCAUGAGAACCUUGGUUGGAAAUGGUAGCUUCGCUCCUCCACACGCGAUUUAUCGUCCCCUCAUACCCAUCAUACACCAAGGGACCAUCGACCCGACGAAUUCAUCGCACAUGACCCGGGCUACUCGUCAAUCAGUGAAUCCCUUGAAGCUCUUCCUCUAUAAAGAUGUCCUUUUGACGCUGUCCUACACUGGUAUUGUGUAUGCGGUCAAUUAUACCAUUACAGCCACAAUCUCGAACUCAUUUGCUCACAUUUAUCCCUACCUUUCCGACACCUCAAUAGGGCUGUGCUACCUCGCGUCAGGAGGCGGAAUGAUCUUGGGUUCGACACUUACAGGGAAAAUGUUAGACUGGGAGUAUCGAAGAAUUCGAGAAAAGUGGGAUCGGACUCCUCAAAGUACCAAGAGCAGCGACUUCCCCAUCGAAGUAGCACGGCUCAGAAUGGUGCCUGUGUUACUGGUGAUCUUCGUUGCCUGCGUUCUCGCUUGGGGGUGGUGCUUAAAGAACAAAGUAUCCAUUGCAGGGCCCCUAGUGCUCCAAGUCAUCUUGGGUUAUACGUCCAUCUCGAUAUUGAACACAACCAUGACUUUGAUGAUUGAUAUUGUUCCGGGGAGGAGUUCUGGGGUCAUAGCAUGUACAAACCUGGUCAGAUGCUCCUUAGCAGCAGUGCUUGUCUCUCUGAUCGACAAGUCGGAGGCACACCUCGGUCAAGGAUGGACGUAUGUUGUUUUGGGCCUUAUCUGCUUUUUUCUUCUGCCCUUGAUAUACAUAGAAAUGCGUCUGGGACCACGCUGGCGAUCUGCCCGGCAAACAAACUUUUCGACGAUGUGA